AUGCGUCCACUUGUCUUAAGUACUGGAUUGAUGACACGAGCUCAAUCAACUGCUGAUGAAAUUGAAACAGCGACAAAAUGGUGGCAUGAUUAUCCUACAUCGCGAUAUGUCGAUUUAGCGCGUCCUGAAAACACAUUUCGAAAUUAUAUGUCGAAUGUUUGGAGUAAAUCGAAAGAACUUGCACGAUCAGCUUCCUAUACCAAUCUUACUUACAUUAAGGAAGCCGAAUAUGAUUUUCCAAUCCGUCGAUCGACAUCUGUCUCAUCACUUGCACCAUCUUUAGCAUUACCACAACAUCAUCGUCAAGCGGAGCGCAUUAUCGAUACUGCACGAGUUUAUCAGCCAAAAAUUUACAACUGGUAUAAUAAUUCCUAUAGUAAAGCACGAUGGAUUGAUACUCAUGAAACUAUAGCGAAACCAAUUCGCAUGCCAUCCUUUGAACCAAUGCCCUAUAGUUCUUAUGUUCCAUACUACACAUUUCAAACAAAGAGGAUAUUUUUCAAUGAACGAAUAGAACCAUGGAAAUCAUACAUUGCUGGAUCACAAAAGUAUUUGGAUCGAUAUGUAUCAGCAAGACUUAAAGCGGAUGAUUUUGCACAACAAUACGCUUAUACUGCAUAUGAUUGGAGAUAUCCUCAGGAUCAUGCAUUCAAUCGGCAUUUUAUGUACGGUAAUGGCGUAUAUAUCCCUCAUGCUUCACGUAUACCGCACUCCUAUAACGAUGCGCAAGCGCUACGAAAACUUUAUAUCACAACCGGACGAUUCCGUUUUGCAUGA